AUGAGUGUUUCUUUUAUCCGAAAUGCUUGUUAUUCAACAAGAAGAAGAAGAAAAUUAUCAUGGCCAAUCAUUGUCAUAUUAUCUCUAUUGUUGGUUAUUGCAACCAUGUUAAUUUCAUUGUCCAAUGGUAGUGAUAAUAAUUACAUGCUAACAACAAUUAGUGGAACAGAUAAUUGUGGAGAUGGUUAUUAUGGUAAUACUACAUGUGUUAAUAGUCCAAGUGGAAUUCAUGUUACAUCUGAUGGUACCAUGUACAUUGCUGAAUACACCUCCAAAAGAAUUCGAAAGGUUUCCAAGAUUGGAAUCGUUUCAACCUUGAUGAAAACUCCCUACGAACCAAAUCAUAUAUUUGUUUUAGAGAAGAGUAUUUACUUACCACCAAUUGUUUACUUUGUAAUGAAGAAUUAUGUUGUUAAGGUGUUGAAUGAUGGAAGUUUGGAAACAGUUGCUGGAAGUGAGAGUGGUAAUGGUGAUUCUAUGGAUGGAGAUUCUGCACUUGGAGCUGUCUUGAAUACACCAGAUAGUAUCUAUGUAAAUCAACAGGAAGAGAUUUACAUUUGUGAUACUUUAAAUGCAAAGAUUAAGAAAGUUUCGAAUGGGAAAAUUUACACAAUUGCUGGAAAUGGUAAACUGGUUAACACUGGUAAUUUGGCAACUCAAAUCUUCUUAGCAAUGCCUCAGGGAGUUUAUGUCGAUGAGAAGAAGAAUGAAGUUUACAUUGCAGAUACAAAUAGUUAUCUCAUUAGAAAGAUAGAUUCUAAUGGAAUAAUUUCAACACUAGCAGGUAUCAGUGGUAAACUUGGUGAUGAUCAAAAUGUCCUAGCUUCAACUGCCAAACUUUUCACACCAAGAAGAGUUAAACUAAACUCACAAGGCGAAGUUUUCUGGGUGGAAAGUUCAAACGAAAAAGUAAAGAAAAUUGAUAAAGAUGGUUAUUUGAGAUUUGUGGCGGGAAAUGGACAACAAGGUUACAAUGGAGAUAACAUGAAUGCAUUGACAAGUUCUUUUAUGCUUCCUCAAGAUGUUUACAUUUCGAAAGAUGAUCAAUUUAUCUAUAUUGGAGAAUUUUGUUAUACGAAACUAAUUUGUUUAGAUACUGGUCAAUUGAGAGUAAGAAGAAUCAACAUUCCAACUCAAAUAAUUGAUACCUAUGUUGGUAAUGGUCAUUCUUUUUCAUCAGGUGAUGGAAUUAGAGCUAUCGAUGCCACAUAUGGUCAAUACAUAUUUCCAUUUAUAAAUUCCAAAUCAGCCAAGAUUAAUAAUCAUCAGGAUAUUUAUAUUGGUGAUGUGCAAGGUGGAUUAUUAAGAAAGAUUUAUUACUCAAUUGGGGAUCGUCAAUUGUAUACGAAAUUUAUUGAUUAUAUUGGUGGAAAUUUGAUGGUUAAUGUUCCGCGUGGGUUAUUUGUUGACGAUUCUGGUAAUAUUUAUUAUGCAGUUGUGUUUUACAAUAAUGUUUACAAAAUGGAUGUGACAACAGGUCAACAAAUAUUAUUUGCUGGCAUUUCACGUUUGGGAAAUUCAGGAAAUGGUGGACCAGCAACAAGUGCCAUGUUAAAUCGACCAGUUCAAGUUUUUGGUGAUUAUUCAAAUAUGAUUUAUAUAGUUGAGAGUGGUUCAUCCAAAAUUAGAAAAGUUGAUUUACAAAGUGGAAUAAUUUCAGAUUUUUGUGGAACUUCAAUUGGAUAUGGUGGUGAUAAUGGUUUACCAGAAUAUGCCAAGUUGGCUAAUCCAGCUGGUGGAUUUUAUCAUCGAUCAACUGGUGAUAUUUACAUUGCAGAUACUGGAAAUGGAAGAAUUAGAAAGAUUUCAGCAAAUGAUAGUACCAUUACAACAGUUGCAGGAAAUGGUAUCUAUUCACCUCCUGCUCCACAACCAACAAGAUUUUCCAAUGAGAUUUUGGAUGAUUUUCAAGAUGGAAUUUUGGCCAUUGAUGCUUCCCUUAAAAGUCCUACAAGUGUAGUUGUUAAUGAUGAAGGAGAAAUCUUCAUUUCUGAUAGAGACAAUUAUAGAAUUUUCAAAGUUCUUCUCAAUGGAAGUAUUAUUACCAUAGCAGGAAAUGGACAAAGUUCCAAUCCAACAAUGAAUUAUCAAUUGGGUACAGAUACGACAUUGAUAGGACCUGAAACUAUGACCAUUAAUGCAGAUGGUGAUUUAUUCAUUGCAGAUAAUAUGUAUCUUAGAAAGUUGGCACUUCCAAAAUCACCUUCCUGUUUUGGAAUUAGUUCAACCAAUUCAAGUGUUUGUUCUGGACAUGGACAAUGUUAUGAUUUUGAUAUGUGUGAAUGUCAACAUGGAUAUAGUGGUGUGAAUUGUGAAAAGAUUGUUUGUUUUGAUAUGUCCAGUGAUGAUCCAUAUGUUUGUGGUGGUGGACAUGGCAAAUGUAUUGAUGUGGAUACAUGUAAAUGCUUCAAUGACACAAUGUACACAGGUCCUGAAUGUAGAAUUCCAAUUUGUUUUGGAUUGAAUGCAACAGAUAAUGCUGUUUGUUCCCAAAAUGGAAUAUGUGUCGAUUACAACAAAUGUCAAUGUUCAAAUGUCAUGUAUUCAGGUCUAGAUUGUUCAAUUCCAUAUUCAUGUUACAAUAUUUCAUUUUCAGAUUCAAAAGUUUGUUCAGGAAAUGGAAAUUGUCAAUUGAAUGGAACUUGUUCUUGUCAACCAACGUUUGUAGGUCAACAAUGUCAAUUUAAAGGUUUUAACAGUGAUGAAAUAAUACUGAGAUGGAAUGUUUCGUCUGCUAAACUGAGAGAAACUGUUCGAUUGGAAGCUCUUUUCCCAGAAAAUUAUUUCACACAUCCCCAAUCAAGUAAGAAUGUGAUGAGCUAUAUCAAAAUUUCAUAUUAUCAAAGUUUGGAAUUAUAUAGAUCUAUAUCAGUGCAGAAUAGAAUAAUUUAUCAUGAAAUGAGUUUUGGAGAUGAAACUCAAGCAAUUGCCAAAAUGAUUGUUUAUGACGACAAGUCAAAUGUCAUGUUAAUGCAACCUAUAAUGUGGAAAGAAGCUAAAUUAAAUGUCCUUGUUGAUAGACAAACAACACUUUCAGAACCAACACCUUCUAAUAAUUUAGCUUAUUUAGCAUUUCUUUCCUUAAUUCCCUUAUUAUUAUUACUGAUCAUUAUUAUUGCAAUUGUGGUGAAAAUAUUAUCAGGAAAAUAUUCACAUAAGAAUUUGAGUAAUGGAAAUGUAAUGCCAGCUACAAAUGUUGAAAUGAAACAAAUAUAA